CCUGUCAAAUGUGUGCAGCAAGAGUUGGGUUCGUUUGGUUGAAGUGCAGCAGCAGCAGCAGCAGCAAGCAGGCAAGCGCAAGUAUCUCGACAGACGUCUACGGACGAGCAUUUUCCAAAAAAAAAAAUCGUACGCAAUACCUGACUGUGUGGAGCAUAGCGCAAUAGAGGAGACGUAGGAGCAUCGUGUGAGGAAAACGUGUGACGACCAAAAGGUUCGAUCGGAUUUACGCUAGUAGUACGUAAAGAAAGCAAGGGCUCUGUGGCAAAGGAGGCGACGAUUGUAAGAGGGCCUGUGUAAACUGAGGCGAAAGAGAAAAGAGAGGAAAAAACAGCAAACACUCAAACGCACAGAAAGCUGUCAAACAGUUCGGUGAUAGAACUUUUAAUUCAUACAAACCUCAUCGCAAAUCAUUUGGCUGCUAGUGGCCUGUGAUGUGCAUAUAAAGUGUUGGUGAACUGGGUUGUUUUGUUGCGUUGAGAGAGAGAGAGAAAGAGAGACCAUACCAAUUGUGGGUGGUUGCGACAGGACAGGAAAACCCCCCAGUCCGCAGAAGCAAUGGAGCCCAACAGUCGGCCACCGAUCGGUGGCGGGCCGGAGUCGUACGAGCGCAACACCAUCUCGACCAACACAUUCCAGAUCUGGGAAACGACCGUCCGGCUGGCACAGAUUCAAACGCUCAUCGACAAGGUCUGCCUGGCGACCUGUCCGGACGAGGCGAUGAUCUGCUUCCUGCAGGAGAGCGACGGCCAAUCGAUGCUGGACAUCAUUUCCGACGAUGAAGAGGAGGACGACAGCGAACCGCAACAGCUGCGCGGCAAGAACAGCCUCAAGCGCAUGAUACAGGACAUGUACACGCGGCCCCAGAUGAUCGGCACGGUCAAGAUGAUCCUGUACCACUGCCUCACGACGCUGGCAGAAAAGCUGACCCAGGACAUCAAGUUUCGGUCGGAGAAUGCCGAAUUCUUCGACGAUCUCGAGCUGGUGCUGAGCCGCAUGACGGACGAGGCGGCCGAAAGUACCAAGCGCGAAAUCAUGCAGUACUUGUCGAUAGCGAAGAAGCGGCUCGCCAAACGGAAACGGGUGCGCGAUCAGCACCAGCAACACCAGGAACAACGACAACAGCAGCAGCAGCAGCAGCAACAAGCGCACCAGGAAUCUUCGUCGUCAUCUUCUUCUUCCUCUUCCUUCUCGUCCUCAUCCUCGACUAGCUCGCCCACGCCGGACAGUAGAAUGUUUCCACCCCAUGGGUCAUAGGGCAGCAAGAAUUUGGUUGAAUCAAACGGAUGCGAACCAGCAUGCGUUUCUAACUUGUGCUGCAACAUGCGGAUGCUGCCGGAUGGAAGGAGGAAUGGAGGGAUGAAACUAGUUUAAUUUUUAUUUAUAUAUCUGCUAACUUCCCGGAACACGGGGGCCACCGAGGGAGGAUGGCGUCGAGGAGUGCGUUCUAAUUGUGCGAUUUUUCCUAAAAAAAGAGGAAGCAAAUAAAAUUAUCAUUUCGUUUACGUGAAUAAAUCAUAUGUAGGGUGCAUUUUAAGCAUUUGUUUG